AGCUUUGCAUCCAAAAGCAUAACCUCCCUCCCUCAACCCCAUCCUCUCUAACUACCGGUGAACCAUGAGAGUUACCACCGGUGUCCCGUUUAGGGCCCCUUUAUGGCCUAUAGUCAUCGCAUUAACCGUCUUUGGCAUUGCUAACCUUAUAGCUGUCUCGGCUGAUCCUUAUAUCUAUUCUUCACCACCACCACCAUAUAUGUAUAAGUCUCCACCACCACCAGUGCAUUCACCACCACCACCAUAUCUUUACAAGUCCCCACCACCACCGGUGCAUUCACCACCACCGCCAUAUUUGUACAAGUCUCCACCACCACCGGUGCAUUCACCACCACCGCCAUAUUUGUACAAGUCUCCACCACCACCGGUGCAUUCACCACCACCGCCAUAUUUGUACAAGUCUCCACCACCACCGGUACAUUCACCACCACCACCAUAUGAAUACAAGUCUCCUCCACCCCCAGUUAAAUCACCACCACCACCAUACUACUACAAGUCUCCACCUCCACCGGUGCAUUCACCACCACCACCAUAUUUGUACAAGUCUCCACCUCCACCGGUGCAUUCACCACCACCGCCAUAUUUAUACAAGUCUCCACCACCACCAGUUAAGUCACCACCACCACCAUACUACUACAAGUCUCCUCCUCCUCCGGUGCAUUCUCCACCACCACCUUACUACUACAAAUCCCCACCACCACCAACAAAGUCUCCCCCACACUAUUACUACACUUCUCCACCACCACCAAAAUCCUACUAUCCAGUACCUUACCCUCACCACAAGAAACUCAUCGUAAAGGUCGUGGGCAAAGUUUACUGCUACAGCUGCUAUGACUGGAAAUACCCAAUCCAAUCACACGCCAAGCACCACCUCAAAGGUGUCGUUGUCGAAAUUACUUGCAAGGCUGUUGGCCAGAAAGAAAUUUUUGCAUAUGGAAAGACUAAGAUCAAUGGCAAAUAUGCAAUUACUGUUGAGGGUUUGGACUAUUCCAAAUAUGGAGGAGCAAAAGCUUGUACCGCUAAGCUUCAUAUGGCACCAAAUGGAACCAAAUGUAAUAUUCCAACAAAUCUUCAUGGUGGUUUGAAGGGUGCCGUGCUUAUGGUCAAAUCCAAAAAUGCUUAUGAGGUUGUCCUUGAGGCUAAACCAUUUGCAUAUGCUCCUAAGACUCCUUCUACCCUUUGUGAGAAGCCAAAGCCAAAACCAGAGCCCACUCCUUCUCCAUAUUAUUACAAAUCUCCACCACCCACUUACUUAUACAAGUCUCCCCCUCCACCCAUGAAGAGUCCUCCGGCAUAUCACUACACAUCACCCCCACCACCUAAGAAAUCACCACCUCCUCCAUACCACUACACAUCUCCUCCACCGCCGGUUAAAUCUCCACCACCACCAUACCACUACACUUCCCCUCCACCACCAGUGAAGUCUCCUCCCAAGUACCACUACACAUCACCCCCACCACCUAAGAAAUCACCACCUCCCCCAUACUACUACAAAUCGCCUCCACCACCGGUUAAGUCUCCACCCCCACCUUACCAUUACACUUCACCACCACCACCAGUGAAAUCUCCACCACCACCAUACCAUUACACUUCACCACCACCACCGGUGAAGUCACCACCCCCACCUUAUCACUACACAUCACCUCCACCACCGAUGAAAUCUCCUCCACCACCAUACCAUUACACAUCUCCUCCACCACCUAUUAAGUCACCACCUCCUCCAUAUCACUAUACAUCACCUCCACCACCAGUGAAAUCUCCUCCUCCACCAUAUCACUACACAUCACCACCCCCACCCGUGAAAUCUCCACCACCACCAUACCAUUACACUUCACCUCCCCCGCCUGUAAAAUCCCCUCCACCGCCUUACCAUUACACAUCACCACCACCACCGGUGAAAUCUCCACCCCCACCAUACCACUACAGUUCACCUCCUCCACCGGUAAAAUCCCCACCACCACCAUACCACUACUCAUCACCCCCACCCCCCGUGAAAUCUCCACCGCCCCCAUACCACUACACCUCACCUCCACCACCAAUUAAGUCACCACCACCAUCAUACCACUAUACAUCACCACCAUCACCGGUUAAAUCCCCACCGCCACCUUACCAUUAUACAUCACCUCCACCAACCAUGAAAUCUCCACCUCCUCCAUACCAUUACACCUCACCACCACCACCAGUUAAGUCCCCACCACCACCAUACCAUUACACCUCACCUCCACCACCAACUAAGUCCCCACCACCACCAUACCACUACACAUCGCCUCCUCCACCGGUUAAAUCUCCACCACCACCAUACCAUUAUUCUUCACCUCCACCACCAGUUAAGUCCCCACCACCACCAUACCAGUACACAUCACCUCCACCACCUGUGAAAUCUCCACCACCUCCAUACCACUACACUUCUCCCCCACCACCCGUUAAGUCUCCACCACCACCAUACCACUAUACAUCACCUCCACCACCAGUUAAAUCCCCACCUCCACCAUACCACUACACCUCUCCUCCACCACCAGUUAAGUCCCCACCGCCACCAUACCACUACACAUCACCUCCACCACCUGUGAAAUCUCCACCACCUCCAUACCAUUACACAUCACCCCCACCACCAGUUAAGUCACCACCACCUCCAUACCACUACGUAUCUCCACCUCCACCAGUAAAAUCACCUCUUCCGCCUGUAUACAUCUAUGGCUCUCCUCCACCCCCAACUAAUUACUAGAUUCCCAUAACUUUGUUGUUUGCAAGAUACAACCAUGUUUUAUUUUUCAUACGAGUUUCAUAAAGAAGGUUCCUCAAGGAGAUGUUUGAAAAUGUGUUCUUCCACAACCAUUUCAUUGUAAUAAGGUCUUAAACAUUGCACUUCACAUCAUCAAUCUUUUUGUUGAAACCAUUUCCUUUUGCCGUUGUGGGUCAUACUAUCCUUGAAUAAGAGCUCGAAGGAUUAUAUACCGGAAAUUUAAGAAAAAGUUCAAUUGUUUGUUGCCAGAAAAGGGUGAUAAGAGUAUUGUGGCUUUAUUAUUUUUUUCUUUUCACGUUUAAUAUGUAUAUUGUAUAAAUGGAUAACUAAUGGUUAUUUUAUAUUUAUAUAUUAUUGGUUUAAUA